GGUGUCCCUGCCCAUAGCAGGGGUAAGAAAAAAGUGAGUUUUAUGGUACUUCCAACCCAAGCCUCUUUGAUUUCUGACCUCUAUGAUUUUCCUGUUGACUAACAAAAUUUGGGUGGGUUGCUCAGCAGUGCCUCUAACAGGUUGGAGGUAUCUUGACCUUCAGUGUGCAGGAGAAAAAUCGGGUCUGAAGUGAUUAUUGUGAACCAUUCAAUGUGUCCGUAUUGUCUUUGGUAUGAAUUGUCACUGGGACUCAUUUCCACUUGGACUCUCUACAAAUAAAACAUCCUACAGUUCAUUACAGCUCCAACCUUGAAGUGUUCCUCGAGCUAAUGAAAAUCAGAGGUCAGGUUGCUUGGAAUGCAGCUGUUCCAGUUCUCUUUGCUAUUGGAAACUGCCUCCCAAAGCAGCUCCUUCCAGCCUGGAGACCCUGUGGCAAAGGCCAGCCCACAGCCCUGCAGCCGGAAUCUCCACAGGGAUAAUGCCACUGAUGCCAUUUGCUGUAAGAUUAUUCCAUGGUUGUUUUAUUUAAAAGGCAAAUGAGCUUGCCUUGUAGGAGAGAUUAUUUCAGAGCGUUGUGCUUUAUGUGUGAGGAAAUGAGGUCGUUCCUUCAGCCCUUCCCGUGGGGAAAGGGGGAUGCAUGGAGCAGGAUGGGGAUAGCAGCCAGCCCUGAUGUUUGAGGGCAGGGGAACUUGUCUCCACAGCUGUGACUGGGGGCCUUUGAGGUGAUUUAACAAAAAUAAGGAUGGUUUGAGUAGGUCUUUGAAGUUCCUGGAAUGACUGGAAAUGUUUCCAGGCUGCACUGAAUCAGCAAUAGCAGCAGAACACUGGCACUUGAGGGCAAUUGUGGUGCUUAAAUCUGACCCCAAAUACUUUGGCUGUGACCCUGGUGGUGCUGCCAGGUACCAGCCAGGUGGGGUGGGAACAGGGGCUGGAUUUCACAUUCUUUUGUGACUCAAGUUUUAGUCUUUCAAAAAACAAACACCUCUGGAAGGAGGGGGAGAGGAUCCCACCAUGCCCAGCUGGUUUUUGAGGGUCCAGAGGACUUUCCAGUAUAAGGCUCUGCAAACAGCUCCUCUCCCUGCCCAGGGCUGCAUCCUUGAGAAUUUCCCAAGCCCCUAAGGGCAGGUGCAAGGUGCUAAUUUGGAAACAUGCUGCUUUCUAAAAAUAAUUACAGAAGGAAGACUGUAAACAAACAUCCUCCUCCCCAAAAUCAAUCAUCCACAGCACGCUGUGAAUUCCAACUGCUUGCUGAAAUAAGCUUCAGAAGAUCCUGUGAGCAGGAAGAGCCCACUGCUGCAAAACUGGAAGAGUAAGCAUGACUUCCAUGUUCUUCUGUUGUUCCACACCUUUUUGGAACAGGGGUGAUGUUCCCAAGCAAACUGAGCUGAUGGUCCUGCACAGUGAGGUCCUGCUCCAGUGCCCACAGGAGUUACAGUUCUACAUGGCAGCAGAAGCUGAUUUUAAAAUAUAAAAGGCUGUGACCAUAGCAAGUCCAGAAAAGAUCCAUGCCUGUUGAGCUGUAGGCCUUUGGAGGGGUAAGUCAGCAACUGGAAUGCUCCUGACUGGUGGGAUUUGCCUCAGAGUCAGGAGGGAAUGCUGCCUGCUUCUCCUAUGGAAACACUGGGAUGUUCUUGUCUCCUCAAGAUUUGUCUCCUCUCACAGAUUGAGGAAGCACUGAACCUUAGUUCAGCCUUGUGUUGAGGGCCAAGGACAGACUGUUCUGGAUGGGCUUGCUCUGAUUUUGGCUUUUGAAGCCCCCAUUCUAAGAAGGUGUGGUUUCUGAGUUUGCUGGACAGUCAGAAGUCCUGUUUUAUGUUUGCAGAGGGUUUCAGUGAGGUUAAUUUGCAAUUGCACUGACUAAUGCAUCCCCAGUUCUUCAAAGCUCCUGAUCCUUUUGUGUUUGUCACUUGCAGUGUUUCUUAGAGCCUUAUACUUCUGUAGCUCAGGUAGUGAACCCUUUGAGCACAGAUACAUGAACAGGGCUGUGUUUUGUUGGUCCUGGGUCUUUCUCUUCCAGCAAAGCCUGUGCUGCCCUUCAGCCAAGCCAGGUGGCACGGAGGGAUCCCAGGAACGUGCCAAGGGAAUACUGUGGUUUCCCCCCUUAACAGAGCAGCAGCGUUCAUGCUGUCUGCUGGUAAGUGGGCAGUGACUUUGGGUCUGGCUUACUGACCAUGGACACCACUGAUCUGCCCCAGAUCUGUGCUGCUGUGCCCUCCCCUUGUUCUGCCUGACCAGACUGAUGUCAAAUAGCCAUCAGUUUCCCCAGGAAUUCCUGGCAGUGUCCCCAGCAGCUGGGAGCUGGGCUGAGCUCCUGGUGACCGUGCCAGCCAAGCCAAGGGCUGUUGCCAGUCCAGCUCCAAGCAGGGGCUGUGUCACAGGGGCUGUGGGUAGCAGGGUACCCUGGGCACUGUCCCUGGAGAAGAACAGGGGCCAUGUGAAGGGAUUUAACCAAAGAGAAAUGUGACAUUCUGUCACCUCUGCCAGUUGGGGUGGCUCUGCCUUGUCCUGGCCGGUGGCUGCUGUAGCCCUGGUGCAGGAACAGGAGUAACCUGUUGUUUUGGGGUGUAGGCGAAGCUGAUCCAGGGGUGCCUCUGCCAUGGCUCUGGUCAGGCUGCUCCUACACUGCCCCAUUGGGAUGGGCUGUGUGAGUCAGGCCAUGGGACUGGGCCAAGAAAUUGCUGUUGGAGAGGAUGUUCCACAUCAGGCAGCUCUGGCAGGGGGACCAUGGUCACCUCUCACCUGUGUGAGGCAGAGAGUGAUGGGUAGUGGGAUGGGUCCUCUCCUGCCACCAGGACACUGCUCAGUUUGUGCUGGACUUGGUGCAGUGGCCUGAGGGAACUGGAAUGAGUUUGGUGCAGAUCCAGGCUGGAGGCAGCUGGGUUGGCAGCCUUGCACAGGCCUCUCCUCCUCUGCCAGCAGCACCAUUAUGGUGCUGCUCAGCAUCUCUGGGCACAGAAAUGUUGCUGGAAACACACAUCUCUUCCUCUGUAAGUCUUCCCUUUUAGUUCUUCCUUUGAAGAAGUGCAGCUUUAGCUCUUAGUGUGGUAAAUAGUGGGAUGUGUAAAUGCAGGCAUGUCCACAUACUGUCAGUAAGACUCACGGGGCAGAUCUGUGAUUGCCCCACAGGGAAUGUGGCUCUGUUGGAAAUGGUGAGGCAGGCGUGGCAUGGGGAGUAACUCCAGGUCUCUGGGACUAAGGAGGCUGCUGGCAAGGACUAGGAUGUGUUGUGGGGUGCAGGGGAAAAGCAGUUUGGGAUUCCACAGGACUUUACAGGAGGAGCCAGAGGUAGGAUAAGAAAGGGAGUCUGGUGACUUGGGGUGGACCGAGCGUACAGGGGUAGGGGGAUAUUGCACAGCAGCUGAAAUGGGACUGUGGCCUUAGGAGCUUGCAUAUCCUGGGCAGACUGAGAGCCUAAACAUGGCUGCUAUAGAAUCCACAUGGAUUUUACUUGUAUUUUAUAUGUAUUUUCACUGGUGGACUUCCAUCUUGUCCAGCCAGAGACAGGAGCAGGGUGGCUGCUGUCCUGGUUCCUGUGGCCAGCCACAUAUCUAUCCCUUUGAGUGGGAUGUGUGUGUUCUGUGUCUGCAAGGCACACAUCUCAGCCUUGCUGCCACUUGGAUCUGGGGCCAUGGAGUAGCAGCCUCACCCUCUUGGGCUGUUGCAUCCAGACAAUGUCUUUUCCUCUGGCAUGGAGCAGCUGGGCUUGUCAGGGGCUUCAAAUGUGUGUUCCUGCCAUCAACAUCUAACAAAUUUUAUGGCUUCUUUCCGUUUUUAUAGGAAAAACCAUCGCCCUGAUCCAGACAUUGAAACUUGUCAACUGAUGGGACAAAGAACUGAGACACUUGGCUGUACUAGGACACUAAAACAUAGGGUUUAGCCAAAAAAUAUUUGUCCACUGUGGAGGCUUACACCUGCCAAACUCUGUAGCAUUCUUGGGAGGCUUUUCUAUCCCUCUUCUCCAUUUCCAGAUUUCCACGCAUCAUGGUUCAUCAUGCCUAGUGGCAUAUAAAAAGACUCCACCUCCCGUCCCACCUCGGACCACGUCCAAGCCAUUCAUCUCUGUCACUGUGCAGAGCAGCACUGAGUCGGCACAGGACACCUACCUGGACAGCCAGGACCACAAGAGUGAGGUCACCAGCCAGUCGGGGCUCAGCAAUUCCUCAGACAGCUUGGACAGCACCAGGACACCCAGUGUGACCAGGGGCAGCAUCGUCACUCCAGCCAGAGACACUCCAGAGUUACCUCAGAAAAAUGCAACUUUGAAAAGUGACAAAGGGACUCUGACUAACGAAGAGCCUAAAGUGGAGACUAUCCCCAAAAGAAAGCUAUCAUCUAUAGGAAUACAAGUUGACUGCCUUCAGCCAGUGGCAAAAGAGGAGCCUCCUCCACCAGCCACCAAAUUCCAGUCCAUCGGGGUACAGGUAGAGGACGAGUGGCGAAACAGCCACUCCCGCAGCAUGUCCUCCAAACAGGACACAGACUCUGACACGCAGGAGCCAAAUAACUCCAGCUGUAAAUCAUCUGAGAGAAGCCUCGCUGAGUGCCCCCAGCACAACAACUCUGUUGGUGUUGAUGCCUCCACCAGGCAACCAGCCAAGCCCUCACAGAUUAAGAGAAACCUCUCCUAUGGAGACAACAACGACCCAGCCCUGGAGCCUUCUUCUCUCCCUCCUCCUGACCCCUGGCUCGAGAGCUCCUCCACGUCGCCGUCGGAGCCGGCGCAGCCGGGGCCCUGCCGGCGGGAUGGCUUCUGGUUCCUGAAGCUGCUGCAGGCAGAGACUGAGCGCCUGGAGGGCUGGUGCCGCCAGAUGGACCAGGAGACCAAAGAGAACAAUCUCUCUGAGGAAGUCUUGGGAAAAGUCCUGAGUGCAGUGGGCAGUGCACAGUUACUAAUGUCACAGAAGUUCCAGCAAUUCCAUGGCCUCUGUGAACAAAACUUGAACCCUAAUGCAAAUCCCAGACCCACAGCCCAGGACUUGGCUGGAUUUUGGGAUCUCCUCCAGUUGUCCAUUGAAGACAUCAGCAUGAAGUUUGACGAGCUGUACCACCUCAAAGCUAAUAGCUGGCAAUUGUCUGAGACACUGGAGAGAAAGGAAGAGAAGAAACCACCCCCUCCAGUGCCAAAGAAGCCAGCCAAGUCCAAAUCGCAGCUGAGCCGGGACAAAGGCUCUGACUCGGACAAGCAGCGGCAGGAGGCGCGGAAGCGGCUGAUGGCGGCCAAGCGCGCGGCGUCCGUGCGGCAGAACUCAGCCACCGAGAGCGCUGACAGCAUCGAGAUCUACGUCCCCGAGGCCCAGACCCGCCUCUGAGCCUGGCCAGGGCCAGCCCGCGGCUUUUAUAAGUCAUUAAAUGGAAAAAAAAAGGUUCUCUUGAAAUUAGUGUGAUUUAUUCAGUCUAGAGACAAUGAGCCAUCCUUGAAAAGGGCUCCUGAGUUGGCUUUUUUUCUCUCUCAGCUUUAAGUAAUGAAGAUUUUAACAAAAAAAAAACACAAAAAAUACAAACAAACAAAAAAAAAAUGCCCCUCGUUUUCUCCCCAGCUGUGAUGUUGCUGAAUGGACUGGACAGACUCCUGGGAACUCCAGCCCCUCAACUUGGAACUUCAGUCUUUUUACUUGUUCUAUCUCAUGAGAAUUAUUAACUUGUUUACAAGAAGAGGACAAGAAAACACGAAGCCUUGAGCACUUGCCAUGCUGUGUUCUUCCUCCUCCUCAGAUCUGUUCUGCCCUUCUCAUCCUUUAUUUUUCCCUCCUCCUGCUCCCAUUCUCCCACCCUUUGCAUGGUUUCGGUUCCCGUGUCCGGACCCCCCUGUCCCUGCAGAGAACACCUGUGGUGUGUCAUUCCUGCUGCCCUCUCCAGCCAGCAGCCUCCUGGCCUUUGUUUUCUUGGGAUGGGGAUGUUGGGGCAGGGGAGGACGGGCACAAGGGGCCGUAUCCUCGGUUUGUUGGAGGGAGAGGAGGCCAGGGCUGUGGACUGUGGGGUUGAAGCACAGCCCAGAAGCAAAAUGUGCAAUAAAUCUGGUGCAGGGGCUCCCAAGAGCCAGACCCCGCUCCGGGCACAGGAGCAGAGCUGAAGGACCACAGAGCACGAGCCACAUCACUGAUUUCCCUCCUCCUCCCAUUCCGACACCAUUUUCCUUGGCUGACUGCUGGAGAGAGCUGCAGCAGGGGCUGUGGGGUCGGUGUGUCCAGGAGGAGGGGUGUACAUAUGCACAUAUACACUUAGUAGUACCUGUAUAGUAAUUCCUACACACGGAUCCUGCCCAUGCCGCCGCGGGGGUGGGCAGAUGUAUAGCAUAUAUUUUUACAUGUACUAUAUCUAGAUGUGUGUCCAAGUGUGUGUAAAAAUAUAUACCCUGUGUGUAAGCAGAUGACUAUUUUUUCCUUAUCUCCCUGCUCUCUGGGUAGAGGAAGGAUUGCUAAAUAUUUUUUAGCCCAUUUUUUUUCCCCUUUGUAGGUCUCCUUUCCAGUCUGGCUCCUCGGAGCCAGAGCUGCCACCCCUUGGUUCUUUGCCACCCUCUCACACUGAAGGUUUUUGUCCCAUCCUGAGGGAUCUUGCUGGGGAUUGUUUUUUUGUGGGUUUGGUUUUUUUGUGGGGGUUUUGGUUUUUGGGGUUUUUUUGGGUUUUUGAUUUGUUUUUUUUCCUCUUCACAUGUUUGAACAAGUUGGGAGAUUGUGUGCUACUGUCAUGGGGGUGGAGGUGGAAUCCCAGUGGUUUCAGUGAGAGUGUUGGUGAUCCAGAAGGCAAAAAAUAAAUAAAAGUGAAAUCCUGAAUGA